GAGAAGCUGGAGGCGGGCGGUAGCGGAGCAGCCCCCAGAGCCUCGGAACGAGCCGCCUCACCCCCGCCAGAGAAAGCCUCGGACCGACCCACCCAAGCGGCAAGUGGCCCUGGGCACCAAGCCAGGGACGCAGCGGCCGGGGGCGCCGGCCCCUUAUGUUCCGCGAGAGGCUCAAAUGUGAUGUCAUGCCCAUUGUUUUGGUGCGCCCGACCAAUGGGACUCGCCGCCUGGAUUCUACCGGAGCCGGCAUGGGCCCUUCCUCGAACCAGCAGCAGGAGUCCCCGCUCCCGACCAUAACGCAUUGCGCAGGGUGCACCACCGCCUGGUCUCCCUGCAGCUUUAACAGCCCUGACAUGGAAACCCCAUUGCAGUUCCAGCGCGGCUUCUUCUCAGAGCAGCCGCCGCCGCCGCGCUCCUCGCACCUGCAUUGCCAGCAGCAGCAACAGAGCCAGGACAAGCCGUGCCCGCCCUUCGCGCCCCUCCCGCACCCUCACCACCACCCGCACCUCGCGAACCAGCAGCCGGGCAGCGGCGGCAGCAGCCCAUGCCUCCGGUGCAACAGCUGCGCCUCCUCCGGCGCCCCGGGGGCGGGGGCGGGGGCGGGGGAUAACCUGUCCCUGCUGCUCCGCACCUCCUCGCCCGGCGGCGCCUUCCGGACCCGCACCUCCUCGCCGCUCUCGGGCUCUUCGUGCUGCUGCUGCUGCUCGUCGCGCCGGGGCAGCCAGCUCAAUGUGAGCGAGCUGACGCCGUCCAGCCAUGCCAGUGCGCUCCGGCAGCAGUACGCGCAGCAGCCGGCGUCCGCCUCCCAGUACCACCAGUGCCACAGCCUGCAGCCCGCCGCCAGUCCCACGGGCAGCCUCGGCAGCCUGGGCUCGGGGCCCCCGCUCUCGCACCACCACCACCACCACCCGCACCCGGCGCACUCCCAGCACCACCAGCCCCCGGCGCGCCGCGAGAGCAACCCCUUCACCGAAAUAGCCAUGAGCAGCUGCAGGUACAACGGGGGCGUCAUGCGGCCGCUCAGCAACUUGAGCUCGUCCCGCCGGAACCUGCACGAGAUGGACUCGGAGGCGCAGCCCCUGCAGCCCCCCGCGUCGGGCGGCGGCGGCGGCAGCACGGGCGGCGGCGGCGGAGGCAGCGGGCACGGCAGCAGCAGCGGCACCAAGUCCAGCAAAAAGAAGAACCAGAACAUCGGCUACAAGCUGGGCCACCGGCGCGCCCUGUUUGAGAAGCGCAAGCGGCUCAGCGACUACGCGCUCAUCUUCGGCAUGUUCGGCAUCGUGGUCAUGGUCAUCGAAACCGAGCUGUCGUGGGGCGCCUACGACAAGGCAUCGCUGUACUCCUUAGCUCUGAAAUGCCUGAUCAGUCUCUCCACUAUCAUCCUGCUCGGUCUGAUCAUCGUGUACCACGCCAGGGAAAUACAGUUGUUCAUGGUGGACAAUGGAGCAGAUGACUGGAGAAUAGCCAUGACUUAUGAGCGUAUUUUUUUCAUCUGCUUGGAAAUACUGGUGUGUGCUAUUCACCCCAUACCUGGGAAGUACACGUUCACGUGGACAGCCCGACUUGCCUUCUCCUAUGCCCCAUCCACCACCACCGCUGAUGUGGACAUUAUUUUAUCGAUACCAAUGUUCUUAAGACUCUAUCUCAUCGCCAGAGUCAUGCUUUUACAUAGCAAACUUUUCACAGAUGCCUCAUCUAGAAGCAUCGGAGCACUUAAUAAGAUAAACUUCAAUACGCGUUUUGUUAUGAAGACCCUAAUGACUAUCUGCCCAGGUACUGUGCUCUUGGUGUUCAGUAUCUCCUUGUGGAUAAUCGCUGCGUGGACUGUGCGAGCUUGUGAAAGGUACCACGACCAGCAGGAUGUCACUAGCAACUUCCUGGGAGCGAUGUGGUUGAUAUCAAUCACCUUCCUCUCCAUCGGCUACGGUGACAUGGUUCCUAACACCUACUGUGGGAAAGGCGUCUGCUUGCUUACUGGAAUCAUGGGUGCUGGGUGCACAGCCCUGGUGGUCGCCGUGGUGGCGAGGAAGCUAGAACUUACCAAAGCAGAAAAGCACGUGCACAACUUCAUGAUGGACACUCAGCUGACGAAAAGGGUGAAAAACGCAGCUGCCAAUGUACUCAGGGAGACAUGGCUCAUUUACAAAAAUACAAAGCUCGUCAAAAAGAUAGAUCAUGCAAAAGUAAGGAAACAUCAGCGGAAAUUCCUGCAAGCUAUUCAUCAAUUAAGAAGUGUAAAAAUGGAGCAGCGGAAACUGAAUGACCAAGCAAAUACCUUGGUGGACCUGGCAAAGACGCAGAACAUCAUGUACGACAUGAUAUCCGACUUAAACGAAAGGAGCGAAGACUUCGAGAAAAGGAUCGUCACCUUGGAAACCAAGCUGGAGACGCUGAUCGGGAGCGUGCACGCCCUCCCCGGGCUCAUCGGCCAGGCCAUCAGGCAGCAGCACAGGGACUUCCUGGAGGCGCAGGCGGACCGCUACGGCGAGCAGGGCCCGCCCGGCGCAGGGCGCUCCCGCUCCUCGUCCCGCCGGCGGCGCUCCUCCUCCACGGCGCCGCCGACUUCCUCGGAGAGCAGCUAGGCGAGGUUCAGUUACCCACAAAAUAAGACUUCUUGCCAUCAUAUGGUCAAUAUUUUAGCUUUUAUUGUAAAGCCCCUAUGGUUCUAAUCAGAGUUCUCCGGGUUCGAUGUCAGAAUCCUGGAAACCUGAACACUAAGUUUUAGGCCAAAAUGAGUGAAAACUCUUUUUUUUUUCCUUCAGAUGCACAGGGAAUGCACCUAUUAACUGCUCUAUAGAUUGUUCCUCCUGUAAUUUCACUAACUUUUUAUUCAUGCACUUCAGACAAACUUUACUACUACAUUAUAUGAUAUAUAAUAAAAAAGUUAAUUUCUGCACAUA